AUGUAUAACUUGCAUUGCAAGUCGAAGCUUGCUCUCUAUAGGCCUGGAGACAGUGAAUGGAUUGGCCUUCAUGGGGAGGAAUCAUAUGAUGAUAUCAUAUGCCAUGAGAUUCUGCUUUGCACUCCACACAAGUGGUCAAGGAGGAUUGCUACCAUGUUGCCAUGGUUAGUGGUUCCACUGAUUGGGCUUUGGGCUCUAUCGCAGCUAUUGCCCCCUGCUUUCCUUUUUGAAAUCACAUCUCCAAGGCUGGCGUGCGUGUUCGUGCUGUUAGUAACCCUUUUUUGCUUGCCCUCUAUAGGCCUGGAGACAGUUAAUGGAUUGGCCUUCAUGGGGGAGGAGUCAUAUGAUGAUAUCAUAUGCUAUGAGAAUUUGCUUUGUGCAUUGAGGUGGAAUUUAUCAGUGGAAAUCACUCGGCCUCAGUUCAGGUUAAGGAGUAUCAAGGUUGCAAGGCUAGUGCAAUUUACUUUACUGAUGAUUAUUGGGAUAUUGGAGUCUUCAGGGGAGUUUUCGCGACUCGGUCCAAUUGGGUUUGGAAGCAACGCAAGAACUGGAAUUGCAUUGGAAGAAUUGAGAACAGGGACGUAUUUUGGAGGAUACGAUUUUUUGAAAUCUCCUCCUUCUUAG